CAGUUUAUGUCAUUGACGUCAGUCUGUCAUAAAAAAUUAUUCUGCAAAUGCCGAUAGAAAAACAAUGAAAAGUUUUCGUAAAUAAAUAUUUUUUUCUAUUUGCUUUAAAACAAAUUCAGCAAGUGAAUACCAAUCUGUUGUGUUAUAUCAGCGUUUAGAUGAAUUUUAAAAUGAGUGCAAUCGUUUGUUUUUACUUAGUGACAAUUUGACAGGUGCCAGCUCACCCAAAUAUAUUUAUCAAUAGGUGCAGUAACUUUGAUUGUCCUUAAUAUUUAAUAAAAAUAAUGGCUUUUGAGGGUGGUAUGAGCAACCCCGAACUCACCCCUUCAUUAGUGGAGAGCCUACAGGUUGAUUUUAAAAAUUUAUCUUCUGAAUCAAAGAAGAAAUAUCCUCAAGUCAAAGAGGCCUCCGAAGAAGCAAUUGCAAAACUAAAGAAUUCUGCAGGACAACAAAACAAUGUUUAUUAUCUAGUUAACCAAAUUAUUUACCCAGUAUCGCAAGGAUGUGAAACUAAAGAUGUUAAGCUUAUAAAGAUAUGUUUACAAAUAAUGCAGAAACUGAUUACCAGCCAGUUAAUAGACCAGAAAGGUGCUGUUUAUGUAACUGAUGCAUUAUGGUCUUUAAUGGAAUCUGGGAUUGAAGAAGUCAGGAUUUUACAAUCAGUUUUGCUUCUUCUUACUACAAAUACUGUGGUUCAUGGGGAAACUCUAGCAAGGACUCUAGUUCUCUGUUUUCGUCUACAUUUUACGAAAAAUUCAACCACAAUCAACACAGCAGGUGCUACAGUAAGACAGUUAGUCUACUUAGUAUUUGAAAGGGUAGUAGCCGAAGAUGAGCAGCUCUCAAAACUCCCAAACAAGCCUGAAAGGCCUCCAGUUAACUUGGAAGAAUUAAAGAUGCCUUGUGGUAGCCCUCCUAAAGGUUUACCACCAUGUGCUGGUGAUGCUUAUCUAUUGUUUCAAGACUUAGUGCAAUUGGUAAAUGCAGAUCAACCAUAUUGGUUGAUUGGCAUGACUGAAAUGACUAGAACAUUUGGGUUGGCAUUACUUGAAUCUGUUCUUACACAGUUUUAUAGUGUGUUUUACAAGUUCCCAGAGUUUAGUUUUCUGCUUAAAGAAAGGGUGUGUGCCCUAGUAAUAAAACUGUUUUCGCCAAAUAUUAAAUAUAGAAGUAAUGUUCCAAACAAUAUGCAGCAGGCCACCCCUUUUGAAAAGCCAUACUUUCCAAUAAGUAUGAGGUUAUUAAGGGUUGUUUCCAUACUUAUACAAAAAUAUCAUAGCUUACUUGUCACUGAAUGUGAGAUUUUUCUCUCAUUAAUAGUGAAAUUUUUGGAUCCAGACAAACCUACAUGGCAAAGAUCUCUUGCAUUGGAAGUUUUGCAUAGAAUGACAAUUCAACCAGACUUGUUGGUCUCAUUUUGUGAAUGUUAUGAUCUUCGAAAGCACACUACAAGUAUUUUCCAGGAUAUUGUUAAUUCUUUAGGUGCAUAUGUUCAAUCUCUGUUUGUUAGUCAACAAAUGCAUAUAGGAACAAGUUUACCUGUGACACAAACACAACCCCCAGUAUUUAUUGGUAGCCUACCUGCUGGACCUGGAAUAACCCCUCCGGCUGGAUUUCAUUUAAGAGGAGUUUGGUUGCCUUUAGUAGCAACAUUUCCUACAGGUCAAACGAAAUCAACUUACUUGGAAAUGUUGGAUAAAGUAGAGUCUCCAGUGGUGCCAGAAGGAUAUGGAAUUUCUGUGGCCUAUGCUUGCCUAAUGGAAAUAAUCCGUUCUUUGCAAAUCGCUAUUAAUCCCCAAAAAUCAGUAGAUGGCUCAGAAGAAUCACCAAGAAAAGAAAACAGUAAAGAACUAAAUUGCCAAUUAAUAAAUUCAAGUUGGUGUGGACUGCUCGCCGCUUUAAGUCCACUAGUUGACGCUAGCACUGAUGAAUCAAUUACAGAAAAUGUAUUAAAGGCAAUACAGACUUACACCUCACUGUGUGGUAUGUUAGACUUGCACACACCAAGAGAUGCUUUCAUAACAGCUAUCUGCAAGUCUUCUUUGCCUCCUCACUAUGCCCUCACAGUACUUAAUACUGUGACCUCAGGGGUUAAUUUGAGGCAAGGUCAAGUAGGGGAAAUUCAGAAUAUGUUAAUGCAAUAUGGUGAAAAUGAUUUUCGACAACAGGUCGUUGCUGUGGGAACCCCUUUGCCUACCUCAUCAGUUCCAGCUGGAACGCAUCAAGGUCCUGUUAUGUUAACUUCAAAGAAUUUACAGUCUAUGAGAGCUUUAUUAAGUUUGGCACAUUGUCAUGGAAGUAUUUUGGGAACUUCUUGGCACUUGGUUUUGACUACAUUACAACAUUUGGUUUGGAUUUUGGGACUAAAACCAUCAACUGGAGGAAGCUUAAAGGCUGGCCGUCCAUCUUCAGAUACUAAUGCGGUACUUACAACGGCCGUUAUGGCAGAUUUGCCAGUUCUUUCAGCAAUGUUGAGUAAACUUUUUGAGUCUAGUCAGUUUUUAGAUGAUGUGGCUCUACAUCAUUUGAUCAAUGCGCUUUGUAAACUUUCACAAGAAGCUAUGGAACUUGCUUAUUCUAACAGAGAGCCUUCUCUAUUUGCAGUGGCGAAAUUGCUGGAGACAGGUUUGGUAAAUAUGUCCCGAGUGGAAGUCCUGUGGAGACCUUUAACAAACCACCUUCUAGAAGUGUGUCACCAUCCGCAUAUUCGAAUGCGUGAAUGGGGUGUCGAAGCUGUGACUUAUCUAGUAAAAUCCGCCCUGCUAUAUAAACAUGCUAUUCCUCUUAAGGAGAAUCAAAAGUUGCAAACUUUGCUGCUUGGACCUCUUUAUGAACUAUCCUCAGUGCCUCACGGAGACGUGCGUCAGAGGCAACUGGAGUGUGUGUUGCAAAUUUUGCAUAGUAACGGAGAGACUUUGUCGCAUGGUUGGCCUUUGAUACUUGGUAUUAUUGGUGCCGUGAAUGAUCAACAUGGGGAGAAUUUAAUACGAAUAGCCUUCCAAUGCCUUCAACUUGUAAUAACAGAUUUUCUGCCAGUUAUGCCAUGGAGAUGUUUACCUCAAUGUGUGGAUACUGUGUCUAAAUUUGGGUCUCAAACUCAAGAACUGAAUAUAUCUCUUACAUCUGUAGGACUAAUGUGGAACAUCGCAGACUAUUUUCACCAAAACCAAGGAAAACUCAGUCAAACCCUAACAGAUGAUUCAGCAGUGCUUCCAGACUUUCCUGGUACACUUGAUAUGCCAAGUUUUGAUAAAUUGUGGAUGUGUCUAUAUGCCAGACUUGGGGAAUUAUGUGUCGAUAGCCGCCCCGCAGUAAGAAAGUCCGCUGGCCAAACGUUGUUUUCAACGAUAUCAGCUCAUGGUGGGUUGCUAAAACAAUCGACAUGGCAAGUCAUGAUCUGGCAAGUCUUAUUUCCUUUGUUGGAUAAAGUAAAGCGUCUCUCUAACUCCGCUAGCAGUGAGAAAGUAGAUGCCGGAGGAAAUAUUUUGAUUCACCACUCAAGAAACACUGCUCAAAAACAAUGGGCUGAGACUCAAGUGCUUACCCUUUCUGGAGUCGCAAGAGUAUUCAAUACCAAAAGGCAGCUUCUUCAGGCUCUUGGUGAUUUCGCGAGGGCCUGGUCAAUACUUUUAGAGUUCAUAGAAAAUUCGGCUUUAAGUAAAAAUAAUGAAGUGAGCAUCGCAGCUUUAAAGUCCUUUCAGGAAAUUUUGUUUUUAAGUAAGAGCCAGAAUGGUGACAACAAGGCCGCUUUGGAAGAUAAGGAGAUUUGGACUGUUGCUUGGAAGGUAUGGGUUAAAAUUGGCACAGAAGCCACAGCUGCGGUGAAAAAUGGCGAGGGCGAUGGUCACCCUACAGAAGAUUAUUUUCUUCCUAGCCAAACGUUUUUAACUGCUCUGGUCCAAAUUUUCCCAAACGUUUUUCAACAUAUUAAAAACUCUUUUACCCUAGAAGAUCUUAAUCAAUUAGGGGUAGUUUUAAAAAAUUCUGUAUGUGUCCCCGUAUUUGGCGAAACCUCCCCUUACAUAAUAUCAGUGUCCUCUGAUGUAACUUUAAGUCCACUCCACGAUGGUGUAUUACACGCCAUGGAACUCCUACAGAAGGAAGCUUUGCAAAGAAAUAAUGGCAAAAUGGUUCCUGAAAUAUUUAGACUUUUACUUGCCUUCUCAAAAUUCACGUGCUCGGUUCCUAACUACUCAAAACCGGAUAACAAGCACAGCAAAAUGUCAGACUGGGUCACUAUGAACUACGUUCCGUUUGGUGAAAAGGCCACCAAUAUGGUUGUAACUUUAUAUGAAAAAACUGCUGAUAGUAGUGAGGUUGUAAACGGGAAUAUUUUAAAAGAAAUUAUCGCUACACUUCACACACCUUUAGCUUUGAAAUAUAAUUGUGUUUCCAGUAGUGUUUGGAAGUUGGCGGCUAGUAGCUUGAUUACAGUGCUUAAAGUUGGGCUGAAAGUUGCUAGAACUCAUGGAAAUCAAUUUUCGAAGAUGUGGGAUGAGUUGGCCAGUACGCUUAACGAUUUCCUGUUUCCUACUAAUUGUGCUCCUAGUCCGGGAGAAAAAGGCUUAGACGAAAUGGUUUCCGAUGAGCAAACCGACUGUCAAAUAAUUGAGCUGCUCAGAACGGAAGUACUUCCAUAUUCAAAUAACAUACCCAAAGAAUUCAUAACUCAAGUAGUGAUACUGUUGAACAAGGGCUCAAUACAUUCAGCUACUAAUGUGAAAAAUGAAGGGGAUGUAGAACUGACUCUCAGGGAAGAUUUCGCUAAGACUUGCUUCGAAACGUUACUGCAGUUUUCCUUGAUAGAUGGAGAUUAUAAUAGUUUUGCUAUGAAUAGUGAUGAUAAAAAUGGCCUUGCUGGGCAGUUGGCCGUUACGUCUUUAUUACACCGGUUUGAGGAAGUUUUAAAGAAGUAUAUUGAAGAUGAGAAGUUAAGCGGAAAAUGCCCACUACCCAGAUAUCGUUUAUCAGAAAUAUCCUUUGUCCUUAAGGCCCUUACAACAUUAAUAGUGUCCAUGAAGAAAUCCUCUGCUGUAAAAGAUGACAAUAAAGCAUGGGAACAAUUGAUUACUUUGUACCCUUAUUUAGUUGAAUGUACAACAACCACUUCAAUUCAAGUAGCAAGACCUUUAAAAGAAGCACUAUUACAAUUUUGUGAUUUGCUCCAACCACCACUCAGUAAAAAUGGAACUAAAAAUUUGGUAAUUUAAAAUAUUAGGAUUAGAUGUGCGAAGCAAUAUUUUACGUCCUCUUUGCCAAAAACCGCUCCGCACAAGCGACUGAGAUAAUAUCGAUAACGAACGUUGUGAUAAAAAGGUGCAACGGGUUUUUUGACAAAGGCUUUGUGGAAUAUGGACAUUUUUCGAUGACUUUACAUUAUCUAUUAAAUCUACUGCUAUGGCGCUGCGUUUCAUUAUCAAGUCACAACUGUAUAGGGUGUCCAGAAAUUAGUAAAAAAUGCUUAUUCGAGGACACACAGUAAAAAGGCUUUUAUUAAAGAAAAAAGUAUACAGGGUCUCCUUACAAUAUAAUAUUUAACCUGUUAUUAGCUUCAUGCAUUCACCUGUCAGUUUUUCAACAUUUGAAAACCUUUUAUCAUAUCCAACCCGUAAUAUAAUAGUGCAUAGGAUCGUAAACGCGGCCAUAUAAGUACUCCUCAUGAGCAUACACUAUUAUGAAAAGGUACUUUUUCUUUAAAUUUUUGGUAUGUUAUAAAAAUAUAUAUUUUGUUGUGAACACCAUAUAUAUUUAUCUUUGAAGUUCGUUAAUCGUUAUUGUAUGUUUUAAUUUAUACUAUCAUUCCUAGCAAUUGUUUUCCAGGUAGGAAUUUAUAUAUGGUCCAAGUUUUAUUAUUUAACUCAGAUUUUUUUUAACAUAAUUGUAGUGGUUAAGGUUCUACAUAUUAUUCAUGCUCUUAUAUGUUUGUAAUGUGUUAAAUGAGAAAUACAUAUCUGUGUGUGCCAAUAUUAAUUGAUAGUCUUGUUCAAAAUAAAGAAUCCCCGGCAGAUUCGGGUUUUUAUUUUAGUUAAAACCUGGGUUAUAAUUAAACAUGUACCAUAUAAUUUCUUAUCCUGUUAUUAUCUUUAUUUUUCCUACAAGAAAACUGAUUAUUUUAGAAAUAAUUAUAAUAUAAUCAUUUAAUAUAUAUGUUUAAAAAUUAUGCUAUAUUUAUAUUAGGAAAUAUAGUGGACAAUGUAUAUACUGUAGAUAUGGCUGUUUAAAACCUAUUCACGUUUAAUAUUAGGGGGUCACAUAUACGACCUGGGUUGUAACCACUAUAUUUCUACCUUUCAAGUUGCAGUCUGCAAAUAAAACGAGAAAGCAGAGCGCACUGAUGAACAAAGAAGUACAACAAAUAUAUAUUUUAUUGUAUAGCUCAAUCCAAAAUAUUAUUCUAAAACAAUCAGUGGUCUUCUGUAAGGUAAAAAUAUACAGUUUAAUAAUUUUAUUAAAGCCUGUUUCCUUUCAGAGUAUUAUUUAUAAAUUUAGUUGCAUUUUGUUAAGAAGUGUAAAAGUUAAAUUUUACAUAAAUGUGAUUUUUUAGUAGCAAGUAGUAGGUAUAUUUGUUUGUAUAAAUUGUUAAUUCAGUUUAGGCUUUCGUAACAAUACAUUGGUAUAUUACAGUAA